AUGAGGCUGGUGCCUCCGGAAAUUCGUCACCUUGUGGUGGCAGCAGAGGAGGCCGAGGUCGACUUAGAGCCUCGAGCGCCGGUGACAAACUGCUCGCCGAACGACGACCUCAUUUCCCUGAGCAGCGGCCGCAUCUGUCCCGUUGUUGACAUCGGCCUGAACAGUUUCCCGCAGGCUUUUGAUGCCUUGGCACCUGCAAGCUACGCGAAGCAAAGCAUUCAGGAGCCGCUUCGUGCUGCCAUGCUCCGCAGAAGCAGUGACUGCGCCGAAGACAGGCUCAGACCAGCCCUGAAGAGCACAAGAAAGAGCUCGCUGCGAUCCUGCGAUGGACAGGCGGCAACACGCUUGACAGUGACAUCAAGCAGUUCGCUUUGCUCUGUGAGCAGAAUGUGGAGGCUCUUUGGAGGCCCAGCGGAGUUGAGCCGUGCCUGGUCUGUAGUUCAGGGCAAGGACAAGGAGGCUUCAAUGGGACUGUCAGCAAGCUUGACAGUACUGCGGAUGCCCAGGGAAGAUGUUAUACCGAACGAUCCCGAUCCGCUGGUUGAGGAGCGAACACUCAGCGAGCGGCUGGCAGAGAGGCUUCGUGCACACGCGCACUGGAUCACUCCAGAGGUACAGCAAAUUGGUAACGAGCUGAUUGCCGAGGCUUCGGGCCUCGAUCAACGAGGGCUGCUGGGAAAGGGAAAGCUCGGGAAGCUCGGGCCGGGAUCGGUCUUCAAGGGCCUGGAGCAAGAGCAGGUACAGGAAGAAGAGCAGGAAGAAGAGCAGGAACAGGAGCAAGAGGAGGAACAGGAGCAGGAAGAGGAGGUGGAGCAGGAAGACGAGGAGGAAGAAGCCGCAGAUCAGAAGUAUUCGAGAGAAGACGAAGGCGAAUGCGCGUGGAAUCCCAAACUCCUGUCGGAAGAGCCAAAGCUUGCCGAUGGCAGCUACACGUUCUACAGGUGCUGUGAGGGACUGUCUGUCUUCAAUGGCAAGCUGAUGCAGGCACAGAAAAGCCUUCGAUUUCCGCCGUGGUUCGUGGCAUCACAGAACUACUUUCGGCAGCAGUGGCGACUUAAGACCGUCCGCCGCCUGAAAUGCUGCUUGAUGCUGGCAGAGUGGGUGCCUGGUGGGCGCACGCGGGAGCUUCUUCAGCAAAUCGAGGGCAUCGCAUCCGACUCCGACGCGCUGCGUGCAGCUUUGAAUGCCCUGGAGCUGGAAGGAGCUGACAGAAGCACAGUCGAAAUCCUUGAUGGAAUGUCGGAGACCCGGACCGGGACUCGCAAAGCGUGGCAAUGGGAGCUCUCUGGAAACGUCGAGGCUUGCAUCUUCAAGUCGGCCAGAACCUCCCGGUAUCCAGGCCAUGGCUUACUCUGUGAAGGGAGUACUGUUUUCGUGGGAAACCUGGCUCUCAUUCAAUCGUGGCUGCACGACAUCGAGCGAGGACGGUGCCCCAUCCAGCCUGGACGUUACUUUUGCUUAGUGUCCCUCCUGGAAGCGGAGCAGCUUGAUGGCAUCCCCUUGAAGUCACAGUCGGGCAUGGUCCCUCUCAGAAGUCCAAGCUGCAGGUCCUUCACAGCCGCCCGCCUUUCCCCAUGGGCAUUGCGCUGUUUGGGCCUUGACGGGGAUGCUCCCGCCACGGUGAAGCUGAUUGCAUUAGGGAUUGAAGAAGUUGCCGCCAAGGUGCCAUCGUUGUCUGUGGCUGCUUUGCUGCUUCCGCCCAAUAUUCGGCACAAGGCGCGACUGGAGAGCUCCAUCGCCAAGGUAAGAACUGUCUUGAGACGGCGUGGGGCAAAUGCAAGGCAGCUGUUCGCUCUGCAGGCCGGAGGCAAGUGUCUGCACCUGAGCGCUCGAGAUCUCGCUCAAGCGCUUCAGCAGUUCGGUCUCCUGGAUGCGAUGGAGGCCGGCAGGCUCGCACUCACUGCCGCCAGGAUGGACGCAGAGGGCGUGACGAUGGAGAGAGCGAGCGUGAGCCUUUCGAGCUUCUUGCAGCUUAUGGGAUCGGUUGGGGGCGAUGACAUCGAUGAAGCCGAAGGCAAAGAAGCUGUUUUGGAAGCAGCUCCUUCGCCAUCUGCUGCACUGGCCGAGUGCCAGCUGAAUUUAGAGGCUGGGCGCUGGUCAGUCAAAGUACUGACGCAUGACCGCCUGGUCGAAGUCUGGACGUCUCGGAAAGUACCGGGAACUGAGGCGAGACCCUUCAGCAUCUGGCGGCCGGACCUGAAGUCUGGUGCAGCUGCGGGUGGAAACUCCCUUCAGCAAGGGCUCAGGAGCCUCGUGGGCGCAGGAAACGGCCGCCUCUUCUUCCUGGGAGACAUCGGACGGCGGGGUCUGGAAGCGCCGACGGCAUGUUUGGUCGUAAGGAUCAAACCCUCGAAAAGCCCUCCCAAAGGAGGAGGACUUGGAUUAGGACUGGAUGCUUGGAUGUCGCGGUUCUUGCCGCGACCCGUCGCAUUCCGAUUGAUUUGGUACGACAGACGCGGUGCCACAUCUGAAGCCUCUGCCCAAAGUCAGGGUUCGUCCGCUGCGCAGAACCCAGGCGGUGAAGGCUUGUACGUGUGGCGGCCAGUUCCCCCGAGCGACCUCUACAUAGCCUUGGGUGCUGUUUGCACCACGGACUCUUCCGAGCCUCGGGGCGUCGACUUUCGCUGUGUGCCACGGGCGUGGCUGGUUCGUGGGGAUUCCCUGGGGCCAACUCUUUGGAGCUUGGGCGACCGGCAGGAAGUCCGGGUACAAGAAGCGCUAGGUGGAGUCAUCGCAUGCCCAACGGAGAACCUCCGAUAUCUUCCCAGCUGGGGAUUCAUAUCCGAGAAGUUCUUCGUUGGAUCGUGA